CAAACGUUGUGAGCAACCAUUCGAUUGCCGCUCCCAAAUCGAAGCCCCAUUAAAUUAUUAACCUUUAAAUCAAGUUUUAAAAUUGUCAUUUUUCAUUGUUCAUUUUUCGAUCACAAACACGAUUACACGAAGAACACUCGGUGAAUCGGAAUACGAAAAAAGGAUGUCUAACCGCCACGAUUGCAAUACGAAUUGGUUUUGAAAAUUCACCAAACCCGUUCGGGACUUAUAUACGGAAACGCGACUCAACCCAUUCGAUCGUUACCAACUGUAGAAAUUGAUAAUUCCCCACUAAAAAAUCCGUAUUCCAAAUCCUAAACAUAUCGAGCGACUGUCAAAACGGCGAGUACGUAAAUGACGUGUCUGAUUUACUCGAAUUAAGAGCUAAGAAUAAUAAUAAUUGUUUGAAAAUCGUCUUCUAAGGAGAUUUUUAGUGUUGUUUUAUAAUGAACUUUAACGCGAACGCAGCCGGAAGACCCCCCUUUGCCAGGAAAGUUAAAAGGGUUAGCGAUGUUAAUUCGAUGGGGUAUAAUCCUUAUAAUCAACAACCUUAUAUGAACAAUCCUAUUGAUAAUUCUAAUUCACAACAAUUUCCACCAGAUAACAUGGCACCAAACAUCCCCCAACAACCUCAGCUUCAACCAAAACAACCUUUUGAUACAACCAAAGACAUGGGAUACGGUUAUAAUCAAAACCCAUCAUUAAAUAUACCACCUCAAAUGCAACCUGCGCCAGGAUUAGGGGUGUUUGCACAACCGAUGGUACAAGACAUGGCUUAUCAAUAUGGACAACAGUUAGCAAAUACUGGAAAAACAAUGGUUCAACAAGAAAUACAAAAAUAUGUACCAUUAAUAAAACUAAAAUAUUACUUUGCCGUUGAUACAAAAUAUGUAAUUUCAAAGUUAGGAUUGUUACUCUUUCCAUUUACUCAUUCAGAUUGGUCGAUAAAGUAUGCUCAAGACGGGCCUGUUCAACCAAGGUAUGAGAUAAAUGCUCCAGAUUUGUAUAUCCCAACAAUGGCAUAUGUCACAUUUGUUCUGGUUGCUGGAUUGGUGUUGGGCAUGCAAAAACGUUUUAGUCCUGAACAAAUUAGUAUACAGGCGUCCUCUGCAUUGGCUUGGUGUGUUUUCGAACUGGCCAUUUACAGUUGUACAAUGUAUAUUUCAAAUAUAAAAGCAAGCUUGAGAACAUUGGAUUUAUUGGCUUACAGCGGAUACAAAUUUGUAGGGAUUAUUGUUAGUGUUUUAAUAAGCAUGUUAGCUGAAAAAAUGGGGUAUUAUUCAAGUUUGAUUUAUUUAAAUUUAGCGCUUGCGUUUUUCUUGGUGCGAUCAUUAAAGGGACAAAUUUUACCUGAACAACAACCUCAAGCUGCAACUUCUUAUUACGGGGAAGUACAGGUUCAACAAACCGGAAAUAAACGGCGAUUGUACUUUUUGCUAUUUGUAGCUUUAACUCAACCUGUUUUAUCUUGGUGGUUAUCAUUUCAUCUCAUUGGAUACACACUACCGACACCGACAAGUCGUUAGAAAUAGAAAAUGUAUUUGUCUAAUCUAUUUUUUUCUUAUGUUUUGAAAGGAAAUGAUAAUUUAUGUGGAAAACUCUAUUUUUUAUAUAUAAUCUGAAAUUAAAUCGGUUUCAAGUAACUAUAGUGCUAUUAAAAUUGUAUAUAAAAAUUGUAACAUUUCUAAUAAAUCAUUGUAAUAAAACAAAA